CCUGACCUCUUCGCACACACGCCGCAAUCCUGCAGUUCAGAAGGCUGACACGAUACCUAAUCAGACUCAGGGGAAACCAGAGCUUUGAUCAUGGAUUCUAUGUCUGGCAGCACGGACUCGCCAGAGACUUUCCAGCUAAUAAAAGAGUGGAUAAUGGAGUGUAAUAACGACCACGAAAGUUGCAGAGCUGAGCGGCCGCAGCAUCUUGUAUUGCCGACUCGCCUUCUUUAUGUCAGAUCAGGCAAGCUCUGGUUGAAAGAUGGCAAGGAUGUUUUAAGUGGACAGCAAAUACCAGGCAUUGCCUGCAACGAUGAAACCGCCGAAUGUCAGCCUCCCCCUUAUCUGGCGGUAAGCUAUCGUUGGGGGACAGGUAGCCCACCACAGAGGAAUGCAGCUCAAGACACCAGACCAAUGCAAUUGACGACGGCUAGGGAACAGUCCUUGAGGGGAGGGGUUUCCAAGUCCUGUUUGCCACGCACCCUCCAAGAUGUCUGUACGAUCACAGAACGUCUUGGAUACCAAUAUCUCUGGAUUGACCGGCUCUGCAUCAAACAGGAGCCGGAAUACUGGGCACAUGAGGCUUCGCAGAUGGCGACGGUAUACAAGAAUGCAGCACUUGUGAUCUCGGCAAGUUGUGCCGCCGGAGAAGAUUCUGGGUGCUUCAGGACUCAAAGGGCAAGGGGCGGAGGGUUUCUGCCCUUGUUCCUGAAACCCUCGGCGCCCUUGACGUCUCGAUUCUUUAUAACGGACAGUUCGGACAGUGAGGUGCCUCGACGCUAUGAAUCAGACAGCUCCGACAUUGAAGAGUUGCCCUCGACCUUUGCCCUCGAAUGUGACCUGUACUCGGACCAGGACAGGGCCAACGGCAGACUGGGCCAUCUGAGGGACAGGGGUUGGGUGUUGCAAGAACGCAUCUUUGCACGACGCAUCGCAUACUUCGCCCGCGACCAAGUGUUCUGGGAGUGCAGCGGUGCUCAAGGGUGUGAGCAGAGUCCCUCGAUGAUGAGAUAUGUCGGUGAUGAUCGUGAGAGACUGGCUGGGCUUGUGGGGCUCGGGGAACACAAUGUCUGGCCUUGGCACAGGAUAGUGGAAGAAUACACGCCCCUCGCGCUUACCAACUCGCUCGACAGGCUGCCGGCUCUUUCCGCAUUAGCGAGGGAGUUUCGGGACGUACAAAGAGGCGACGUACCCGACGAGGCCUACUGGGCAGGCUUGUGGAAGUCUACAUUCAUCAUCGACCUUUGCUGGUCGUCGGCUGACUCUGGGCGGCCGGGACCAGAAAGCUACACGGCACCAUCAUGGUCUUGGGCAAGCCGCCUUGGUGAAGUUUCGUACCAGUUCACAUUCCGUAUCGAGCAGCAUGAGCAGCUCAUCCGAAAGUAUCUCGGGUGUCUCACGGACGUGAACUUGGAGUGCGACCCGAACGACAAAUUCGGACGCGUGAGCAACGGCUGGAUUCGCGUGCGUGGCUUCGUUAGGAAGAUCAACAUUUCUCUGAUCCGGGAGUCAUCGACCUCGGCGGAGUUUAGCGUCACCGAGGCAGAGGGCAGAUCUUUGGAUUCGCAUUUUGGUUUUGACCCGAGGUUCGACUUUGAAGUUGGCGACAAACUCCGAGUAAAUGGCUCACCGUCCAGUGUUGUGUGUCUCCCACUCUGUGAGAUUGGGGACAUUGAUAGAUCGACUCCGCCACUCAACAUAUAUUGCCUGGUGUUAUUGCCGAUCAAGGAAGCAGGCAGACUGGGAGCCCGUACUAGCGAGAAACCGCUCCACUGCCGCCACACAGAAGAGACGGGGAGCAUUGAAUACCAGAGAAUCGGCCUUUGCAUCCUGAAGCCUAGAGACUUCCAUGCAUUCCAGGCUUGGAUCGCCGAAUGCCCCGAGCGCCAUGUCGUUAUUAGGUAGUCUGUUACAAGGGAUGCAUAGCUUAGUCUUUUCUUAUUUGUGUCCAAUAGUCUGUUCGGUGUCGUCAGAGUCCUCGUUCAUAAACACGCAGUACUUGAGAGUCAAGAUAUCAUUCUCAUUGGUAAUGUCCGGGCGAAGGCAAACUGCAAAGGAAGGCCUCCCACAAUCGCAGACGUGAGAGAACAUUAGA